CCGCUCCGCUUCGACGGAGCCCCCAGUCUGCUGGGUGAGAUCAUUACCAGACUCCAGUUCCGAGACCUGACAUUCACCGAUCGGAAAAGCGAGGAAACGGAGAGAGACAGAAAAAAGAGGAAGGUUCGAUUCUGCGCGGCAGAAAAGCGAACCUGUCGCGUCCUCUGCUCUCCUGUUCGCUGCAAGCAAGCGCGGUCUUGUCGCUGAAAAGAAAAAAAUUCUUCUGGAUUCGGGCUUGUAGUCGGAUGCGGGCUGCUUGUUUUGACUGCAGUAACAGUCCUCCUCCUCCUCCUCCUCUUCCUCCUCCUCCUCCUCCCUCACUAGCGGAUUUGCGAGGGAUCUCAGCUUCCCGAGUAAGCAGCGAUCCCGCAUCGGACACGCACCCAGCUCGUCCUCUGGAGCUUCAAAACAUCCCGUUUCUGUGAGCAUCUGGACUCAAGUUUCCGAUCGGACCUUUUCGCCCUUCUACGUGGCUACCUUGAUUCUGUCACCGGAUCGGCUGCAUUGAAAAAAACCCACAUUUUUUUCCCUCUGUGUCCAGAGCGCCGUUGACGCCAUUUUCCCCGGGGUUUUCUGUCAGAAAGACGCACAUAUUCCGGCUGCGUUUGACAGCUCCCCGGGAGGCUGUCAUCCCAUCCGCCGCUUGUGUGAAAAUGUGCCUCGGAUAAAUGGAUUGUAAAUGAUCUUGAUAAAAUAUUCACACGUUCGAGCCGGCUGCGCUUAGACAUGGAGUGUCCUUGGCUUUGCUGUGUUCCUGUGGGACAACCAACACAACCCCAGUAGCUGAUUGACAACAACCAAACCAGACCAGCAUAACCACUGCUUCCUGUCUUCUUAUUGGCUGGCUGUGUCAGUUUCCCCCAUUCUGACUGGCUCUGGCGAGAGCGUGGAUGGAGCCUAGGGAUCUGGUUGGCUCAGCCCGACCCAAAGAGGCGGACCUUCAGGGAUGCAGGGCGGGGAUUAAUGAGGUGGACCAACUGGGAGCAGGCGGCAUUGGGCUGGUGCGCAGUGAUGAUGUGAUUCACAGUGGCGUCAGUGAGGGGGAGGGGUUAGAUGAGCAAGGGGAGGGGCUUAUGGAGGAGCAGGAGUUCUCCAUCAAGGAAGCAAGUUUUCAGGAAGGAAGUCUAAAGUUAAAGAUUCAGACCACCAAGCGCACCAAAAAGCCCCCCAAGAACCUUGAGAACUACAUUUGCCCACCGGAGAUUAGGAUGACCAUUAGACCUCCAGUUGGAGACGGCAAAGGUGGGCGCCAGGGGCGAACAGGUGGUGGGGCAGGAGCAGGACGGACUUCAAAAGACGAAGAACGAGGACCCCCAAGAAAAAGGACAUACGAGCGACAGUUCAGAAUCCCUGAGCAGAGAGACGGAGGCCUUCUGCAACUGCUGGGAGAUCCCAGUCUACCCAAACAGUCGCCUCGCAAUUCCCUUCUUCCUGCACACACAGAGCAAACACAGCACACACUCACCCAGAAAUUUCACCAAAACCAGAUAAAUCCCGAAUGGAUCACAUCGACUGCACCUCCUGCAUCCCCAGCCCAUGCUCCAGACUCUGAGCAGACCAGAGAUUUAGCAGGUGCCAGUAGAGGUUCUUUGCUUGAUCCAACACAGACUCUCAUACAAACCACAACACAAAGCCCUUCACCUCAGAGAUCCCUCACUCCGGACCUACAGCUGCCUGUUGUUACAGAUGCCAGCAUCCUCAAUCUCACUUCCCUGAGCAGGGGGAAGGGUUUGCAAGAGGUCAGUGAGCAGCUGUUUGGGAACAUCAAGAGGAAGUACGGCAGGAGGGACUCCCAGAAGAUGCUCAGUAAUCCCCACAGUGCAGAUCCACACUGGGGGAGACAGCAAGAAAGAGGAUCAGAGAGCCCAAAUAAUUUGGAUGAAAGGCAGAAGUACAGAGGAGAUGAAACACCUGAGCAGUUCCAGGAAGAAAGGGAGGAAAGAAGAAAAGUAGAAAGAGAGAAAACUGUCUCUGGGAAGAGAGGAGAUGAAGAAGAAAGUGGCACACCUGUGCUGGUGGAAGAAGGAAAAGGAAGAAAGCGAAGGAGAAGGCCCUCUUUUGAUGGGUCAUUUUCUGUGGAGGAACAAUCACAGCAAUGGCCUUUUAAUACAACUGAGAAGCCCCAGAGUGGGCCCCUAGAACCCAAAGCAACACACAAGGCAGAGUCUGCCAAAAGUGACUUUUGUUCAACAAGUCAAACUGAUCGCAGCAGAGAGAGGACAGAAAAGGCAGAGAGAGCAGAUAAAAUUGAUAAGAGAGAAAAAGGGGAGAGGAUAGACAAAGCUGAGAGACCAGAUGUGGUCUCAUGUGGACCUGACAGGGACUCAGAUCUGAGUAUAAACAGGGUCAAGAAGUUUUCUGCAGGUCAUCCGAAGAGUGGAAAAGAUAUCCUCAAACUCCGAGAACCUACCUACAAUCGAAUCAAGUCAAGUUUAGGAACAAGCCCCAGACUCUCAAGCUUAAAUCUUAGCCCCAGCUCUAGGACUAGUAUCAGUCCUAUUUCAAGCCCCAAACCCCGGAGUAACAUGAGCCCCAGCCCAAGCCCUGGACCCAAUUCUGACAUGAGUCCGAGUCGCAUCCAUUGCACCAGCUCUCCAUCCAGUUCCAGGUCAGCUAAGACCAAUGAUAGAUGGUCUUACCUGAAAGCUAAAAGCCAUGUUACUCUCACAUCACCCCAAAGAGAAAACGUGGGUAGCUCCUUGGCAUCAGCGGAACCCCCCUCUGCUUUUCCCAUUACCCCCUCUAGUCCACUCUACAGCAACACAGACAGCUUGACUGUCCAUGCUCCCAUUAAGAGGAAACGAGGUCGCCCGAAGAAGCAGCCACUCUUAACAGUUGAGACCAUUCAUGAGGGCACAUCCACUUCACCCCCAAGACCCCUUUCACAGGAAAUGACUGCAGGGCUGAACUGCAGGAGAAAGACCAAUACACUCCACACAUUAGCUAAAAUGACCAGUUGUGCUAGUUCCAACAGCCUAAAACUGAAGCGUGCAAAGGGCAACGCCAGGUCAAUAAAAAAGACAAAAUUUGGAAAAAUGCAGAGCAUUCUGAAUGAGAUCCUUUCUGGUUCUAAUCAAAAUGGCCCCCUGACUCUUAAGUCAUCCUCUGCUCCUGUUAGUUCAGCCAUGAGUGCCAUGGCCUCGACUAUUGAGGCCCGGUUGGGGAAACAGAUAAAUGUCAGCAAGAGAGGAACCAUCUAUAUUGGUAAAAAAAGAGGGCGUAAGCCUAGGGCAGAAACUCAAUCCUUCAUCCCUUCCAAAACAUCUAGAGACAAGACACCAAUGUCUGUCUCAAUAUCCAGCAUCUAUGAAAACCCUGCAGUGCCUUUUGCCACUUCAUCUCCAAGUUCUAAUGCUCUAACCUCAAGAACCAACAGCUCUGAGGCCACCAUGCCUAGUUUGCAGCCCAUCUCAGCGCUGCCAUCCAAGCCCCUGGGCAGGGGGUUUCUCUCAGGAGGUUGGAAACUUUCUCCUCCUCGCCUUCUGGCUAAUUCACCCUCCCACCUGUCAGAGGGUGCGUCAGUGAAAGAGGUGACUCUGUCUCCCAUCAGCGAGUCCCACAGUGAGGAGACCAUCCCUAGUGACAGUGGAAUUGGGACGGAUAACAACAGCACUUCAGAUCAAACUGAGAAGGGUCAUGCCUCUCGCCGCAGGUACUCCUUCGAUCUGUGUGGGUUUGAAUCUGCGGAGGCUGCAGCUCUUGAUGCGUCCAACAGGGGCAGCAGAACGCGGUGUGAUCGGCAAGUUACUGCUAUCGACAACUUUCUGACACAGCAGGAGAAGAAGCAAAAGCAUCACAGGAGAAAGAGGAAGUGCCUUCAGAGCCGGGACCAUCUGCACUUUCUCUCUGAAUUGGAGGAGGUUGUGGUAAAGCUUCAGCAGCUACGAGUGUCUCACAAACGAUACACCUGCUACCCCCAGCAUCCAUAUCCUUCCAUUUUCCGCCUGAACUUCCACCAUUACUACCCUGUUAGCUACGACUCCUACCCCUGUGACUCCAGCUCCUACCAUCGCAGGAGCGCAGAUCUGAAGGCUAAGAGGAGACGUGGCCGGCCAGCCAAAGCCAGCGAGCCAAUCACAUCAAAAUUGCCUUUUGUUCAAGGAUAUGGUUAUCCGCUGGGAGGGGGAAAUUACUAUGCAGCACCGUAUGCGAUGCCUUACGCACCUCCUCUGAGUUUGGGCUAUUUUCCCCACACUCCCCCGUUUUACCUGCCCCACCACUCAUUUGGACCUGCCCCUCCAUCUCCCUUCAUGAGGCCCGCUGUCCCACCACCUAAAGCUUUCCAUCCUGGUGGACUCUCAAAACUGCAAGGUGGGGCUAAAAUUCGCACCUCGAGUGGUUCGCUUCAGGGGCCCACUGCAAGAGGAGAGGGUCCAGGACCCCUUAGUGCAGGGGGUCUCACUGGGGUCCGUCUCCAUAAAAGGAAGCACAAACAUAAGCAUAAGCACAAGGAUGAACCUCUCCUGUCACCACGAGACCGACAGGAGUUGGGUGGACUGUUCAGUGGAGCUAAGACCAAUCCUUGCCUUGGCUUGCUGAAUGAGAGGAGGGACUUGAGCAGCCAGGGCUCUUCAAAGCAUCAGGAGAAGCAAAGAACCAACAGCAGGGGCUCAAACCUGGCAUCCAGCAUGGGGAUUUUUGAUUCGGACCAGCAUUCUCUUGCUGACAGACAGUUUCUGUCCCAUCAGACGACACCGCCAGUCAAGAGCUUCAUGAACAGCUACAGCAACCAUUCGCAGCAGACAGAGACUAUUUCUGAACUGUUUUUGGGCUCACGAGAGGACGAGUGUGGUGGAAGGAGUAGGAGAAUGAGGCUCACAGGGUUUGGCGACGAGAGCUUGAUGUCAUUCCAAACAACCAGACAGGAGCCAGGUCAGACGAACAAGUGUUCCAGUCCAUCCCUCACUGGUGUUCCCAGUAAGAGGAGGUAUAAGCGGCGUGAGGUGGAACAGAUUCAGAAGGAUGUAAAGAAGAUGCAUUCUUUGAACUUCAAUCACGUGCAGAAGAUCCUCCGUGCAAAGCGCCUGCAGCGACAAGCCAAAACAGGAAAUAAUGUCAUCAAAAGGCGACCUGGACGGCCCCGAAAACAACCCUUAGAGGAACCAGAGCCAGCUAGCAUUAGGAAGGAAGACUGGGCUGAUAGUGUGGGUCUGGACAUUGUGGCAACUAGCAGAGGCGAUGGGAGGACUCUGGGGAUGCCUGUCCUGGAGAGGUGUGAUAGCCUGCCAAGCAGGCAGAGCCUCAGGCCUAGCUUGACUCCCAAACCUCUGGAGUUCUCGAAUCACGACUCGAUCUCAGCAGCGAUCGAGACCGUGGUGCAUCAGGCGCGCUCCGUACCUCCACUGGCCAAAGCGGGGAAACGCAGGGCCAGCGAGAACAGAAAGGACGAGUUGUGGUCUCCAAACAGUCAGUAGAGAUGCAGGAGAAAGACUCCAAAACUGGAAUGAAGAGCAGUUCAGAGUCGAGCCUAUCAGAUGCAGUGCCCUUCAUUUUGGGACUCUUCGGUGCACUUUGAUGCGUUUCUCCGCCCAGAUCUGUUGGGUGGUGAAGCAGCAGGAGGAGGGAAUCUUCUUCAACCAGACGUGGGCCUUUCAAAGAUUCUUUGGACCUUCAUUUACAAUGGCACUAUAUGGUACUAUUUGAUACUGAAUCUGAUGCUAUAAAAAGUGUGUGGUACUUCUGAUAGUGUAGGAUUUUAUGUGAUUCUUUAUGUAUCUGAUACAGUGUUGUGUAUGGUACUUUAUAAUACUGUAUCUGAAUGUGGCUUUAGCCAUAUAUUUACCAGCAAAGGGGGAAGGGGAAUGGUUAAUAUAAAACUGUGCAGCUCUGCUUAUUUUUGCCUUUCUGAAGAUGCUUGUCAAACCCACGUGGGAUAAUCCAUCAUUAUUAAGCCACCUUAACCCCACCUGUGUCCGCACCCUUAACUGCUUCCUCAGUCUUCUUGCCCUCUUUGAGAAGUAACUGAAACUUCCUGGCAGCUCUACCCUGCUUGAGCAUUUAUCACCUCCGUCCUUGCCUCUGCUUGAUGUUCUACACCUCCAUUCUUCCUCCAGUCAUACCUUGUGUCAUGUGCUCCUCCCUCCCCAAGUUUUCCCUGGUCUCAGGCGCAUAGGCAAUAUGGUGGAUAAGACCGUCCCGGACUGUACAUACGAAGGAAAAAAAAAAAUCCACUGUUGCCUGAUGCGAAACCAGCUCAUAGAUGUCUACUGGCAGACAGUAUAUGAAAUAGAAAUGUUGUACCAUAGACAAUGAAAGUGUGUAUUGUUUUAUAACCAAAAACAUACAUGGCUGUGACUCGAGACAAGUUCGUUUUAAGAGAGAAGAACUACAUAUAAUCAUUCAAACACUCAUAACUGUGUUUAUAUCCACAGGGAUUUCAUACAGGAGGGAUGUCGGGAGUGUUGAUGAUAACUUUUGGAGUUAGUUUAAUGCACUAAAAAAAAACAUUCACUUACAUCAAUCAAAUGCAGCACUUAUGUAGUUUUCUGACCUUCUUCUUUGUAGGUUUUUUUUUCUUUCCUUUUGAAUAUCCCAUACAGAGAGCGUGCUUUUAUUUUCUUUUAUUUUUAUCAAUUCAUAUAUGCAGGCUGUGCAGCCAAAAGCGUAAAACUAAAUCCUAAGUCUGAAUCGUAAUUGGACAGUUCAACAGAGGAGGGCUCACUUUCAGUGUUUUUUCAAGCUUCUCAUCCAUCUUUUUUUUUUUUAUAUUUCCAAACUGAACUUGUAAAAGUGUGUUUGGAAAGUCAAAGCAGUGUUCAGACUUAGAAACCAAAGUCUCAGUAUUCACUAGUAGAGGGAUGUAAAGAAACGAUCACAAGAUCUCCACCAUGUCAACAAUGUAAACCAUCCACUGUAGAAUGUAGCCUUAUUGGGUUUUUGUGUCAAGUCUUUGUUAAAGUUUAUCCAGUUUCUGUGAAUUUUGAGUUGAAACGUGUGUGAAAAGCUUUCUCAGAAGUCACAUCAUCUGCAUAUCAGCGUUGGCUAAGUUUGAACUCAUCAGCUUGUUUACCUGCAGCAGAAAAUGAAAAAUUGUUCUUCAGUGUCAAAGAAAAACAAACAAAAAAACUGCUUUUUGUAAACGCUGCCAUACUUGUUCAAAAGUCCAGUAUUGUGCACCCCCACAGUGAAAAGAUAGUAUUUUUGGCAGCUUUUUCCUUCAGGAAAUGUUUUUGUUGGAUGAGUUGGAGUUCCCAGUUGCAGCAGUUCAGCUUGUGCCUUAUGUUUCUUUCUCUCAUCGAUUAUAGAUUUGACCUGAGAUUGAGAAAGUGGCAAAGAGUGCCCCCCCCCACACACACACACACGCACACACAAAAAAAGCCCUGAAACUCUCAUGAUUGUGUAUAUGACGCAUGUGUCUUAGUCAUCAGAACCCUGGCGCUGCCUGUGUCCCAUCACAGCCUCCGUUCUUGGCAUCCCGUCACCGGGCGCUCAGCCUGUCUCCCGGGUUCCUCCCAGUUCUCUGACCCAUAUUCCGAUGACAGCUAGAUGGGCUGGACUUACUGUAUUAGACUCACAUCCUGCCCCGACCUAGAUACUGCUGAGCAGCAGUGGGAAUAGAAAGCCCACCAUGUCAGACAUGCUUCUAUCCAGAGGUAUUCACCGUCUUAGGUGUAUAAGCGAACAACACAUUAUCGGUUAAAUACCUCUCAAAGUAGGAACAGAUGCAGUUGUCAUGGAAACCACAUCCUCCUGAUUGUUUGCUAUGCAUUGGGCUGUACUUGGCAACGACCUUAAAAUGAAUUUCUGUUCUGGGUCCACUCGAUGACAAAUAAGUGGUCUUAUUUACUAAACUAAAUUAGUUAAUGUAAUGAGAAAUCAUUCAAGGAAUAAUAAGUUGUGCAGAAAGUGACUAUCAUUUUGACAAAAAUUAUAGUAACUGCCUCUCUAUGCAGUACAGCCUUAAACAGAUGACCUACAGUAUUGAUGUUGUAAAUAGUAUUAUGGGUACCGGCUGUGCUCAAAAACCCGCCGCCAGUUUCCAUCAAGACCGAUCGAGACCACCCAAAAUGGACAGCAACGACGAGCCAGGUGACUGGCGAGACUUCAUCGCCAGUUCCAAAGAAUGUUGAAAUGCGUUUCCUGGAGCCCACUUGCAGUGUGCUUGACCAAAAAUAAAAUCUCCCGACUGACUGUUAGAAACUUCGCCUGCAGCUAGUUGAGAAGGGUGAGCAUGUUGGGAUAGUUCUCCACGGAAUUAGCCAAAAAUACCCUCAACCUAACACUAGUGUGCGUAACCUUGCGGUGUUAGAUGACUUUCAGUGGGUUUGCAGUCUGUUGUGGCGAAGGCGAGAUGUGGGCCAUCUCCGUACCGUGGUCAGGCAGCUGUCGGCCCCAGGUAACGUCUGUCCUUUCUAUCUUUCCUACCAGCCAAUGCUCCGGUGCCUUCUAACACUGACAAGUAUUGUCCUCAUCCAGAGCUUUCACUUUACAUAGGAACUGCAGAGGGGGGUGUAGUUGGGAGGGGGUUACAGUCUCUAUCCUUGUAGUAUAUUUAGCAGCCAUCCUGGACCUGUGGGUACCGCUCAACACCUAUGUAAGCAUCCUUGUUUUUUGUUCUGGCACUAAGGGCAGUGCAGCAGUGUUUGAUCUUACAUUCGUGUCAGUGGCGUUUUAACCGUACAAUUAAUCACACAGUCAACAUGAAACGCCAUCCUUUUAUUUACCCCCCCCCCCUCUCUAAAUCCCUAUGUAGCAUGAGUGUCCUACACACGGGGUGAGGGGUCACAUGACGCAGAGCCUCUUCAACGUACACGUGCUCAUCCUCACAGCGUAUGCUACCAUCCUAAGCUAUAAUGUGCAGAUAAAAAAACAAAAAACAAUAAAUGUACUUCUGUAGAGCACAAAGUGAGCUCCUCUGACAGUGUGGACAUAUUUUAGUUUGUAUACAUAGUGUAUUUGAACUUUUUUCUAGAGUGGGUUUCCUUUAUUUGCAUGCCCAAUUUGAUUGUAUGCAUAAAUAUUUUAGAUGAGCCGAAAGUUGAAUAUCAACUGAAUUUGAAGCAAGACUUGUACAUUGUUUGAUAUGUUUCUUUUUGUAUUGAAUUUUUUAAUUCAUAAAGCAUUUUUGUACAUUGUAUGAAUAUUAAAAACCUGCAAAUAUUUGCCAUAUAGAGUAAAUACUAGAUGCGCAUGCAUAUGCAUAUAUCCUUCACAGUAUGUAUGUGUAUAUUUACACAUAUAUUUUGUAUUUGCAUUUGCCAGCAUACAGGUAUAUGUCUUAAGCACAUAUAUACAUGUAAUAUAUAUGUAUAUCCAUGUUUUCUGGCAUGCUUUUGGUCAUGUUUAUCUUUCAUGAUCUUGUAGGUUUUUUUUUUUUUUUAUUACUCUUUCCUUAAAAACAAAGGCUCAUUCUUUUGCUAUCCUUCCAUUGGCUGGCAGCUUUGAGCACUUAUUAAGAAGAAUUACAAUUGAAGUUGUUCAUGUUAUCCAUUGUGUGAAAUAAUAAAUGACUUUAUUGACAGCUAA